UCCUGCCUGUGCAGCGCUCGAGAGUUCAUUUUGAUUAAAGUCAACAAGUUGCCGCAACGUUACACAGUGCAGUAAAAGCAAAAGCAGUACUACGUUUACCACAAUCAACAUGAUGGCCACCUCACAGGAUUACUUUGGCAAUCCCUAUGCACUCUUUCGCGGUCCACCCACCACACUGAGACCGCGUGAGUCGCCAUUGGGUGUGGGUGGUGGAGUCCAUGGCCAUGCCCACGCACAUGGCCAUGGUCAUGCCCAUCCGGCGUAUGCCGCACUGGAUUUGCAGACACCGCAUAAGCGGAACAUCGAGACGGAUGUGCGGGCACCGCCGCCGCCAUUGCCCCCGCCACCGUUGCCGCCCGCAUCGCCUAGGUACAACACUGACCAAGGAGCUAUGGACCAGCAAUUCUGUUUACGCUGGAACAAUCAUCCCACAAAUUUAACCGGCGUGCUAACCUCAUUACUUCAGAGGGAGGCGCUCUGCGAUGUUACGCUCGCCUGCGAUGGUGAAACAGUUAAGGCACAUCAAACCAUACUGUCAGCCUGCAGUCCAUAUUUCGAGACGAUUUUCCUACAGAAUCAGCAUCCACAUCCCAUCAUCUAUUUGAAAGAUGUCAGAUAUACAGAGAUGCGCUCCCUGCUUGACUUUAUGUACAAGGGUGAGGUGAAUGUCGGUCAAAGUUCGCUGCCCAUGUUUCUCAAGACAGCGGAGAGUCUGCAGGUGCGCGGUCUCACAGAUAGCAACAAUCUGAAUUAUCGUUCCGAUUGUGAAAAACUGCGCGAUUCAGCUGCCAGCUCACCCACUGGCCGAGGACCACCCAGCUAUUGUGGCCUGGGUGGUGGCGGCAGCGGCGGAGGUGGUAAUGGUGGUGGCGGUGGCGGCAGCGGUGCUGAUCUACGCGAUUCUCGAGACUCCCUGCGCUCACGUUGCGACCGCGAUGUGCGAGAUGAGAUGACACAACGCAGCAGCAGCAGUUUAAGUGAACGCAGCUCGGCGGCAGCGGCUGCAGCAGCCGCUGUGGCAGCAGCCGGUGGCAAUGUGAAUGCUGCCGCCGCGGCAUUGGGCCUAACAACAUCGUCCAGUGCCGGCGAUCGAUCUCCCUGCUUGGGCAGUGCCAGUGCGGCAGCGGCAGCAGUGGCUGCUGCUGUGGCGGCUGCAGCUGCCAAUCGAAGUGCCAGUGCCGAUGCCCUGAAUAGUCGCACCGAUGCCUGCAGUGAUCGUGGCAGUGAGCGUGGCACAUUGGAGCGGGCCGAUAGUCGGGAUGAAUUGCUACAGUUGGAUUAUAGUAACAAGGAUAACAAUAAUAGUAAUACCAGCAGUAGUAGCAACAUCAAUAAUAAUAACAACAACAAUAGCAGCAACAACAACAACAAUCGCGAGCGCCACAGCAGCAGGGAUCGUGAAAGAGAGCUAUCCACAACGCCCGUGGAUCAGCUAAGUAGUAGUAAGCGCAGACGUAAGAACUCAUCAUCCAACUGUGAUAAUUCGUUGUCCUCGAGCCAUCAUCAUGCGAAUGCGGCCCAUGUACAGGACAGGCACUACCCGCAGGACUCUCAGGCCAGCGCACACAGCAAUUUGAAGUCAAGUCCGAUACCUAAAACCGGCGGCAGUACAUCAGAGUCCGAGGAUGCGGGUGGACGACACGAUUCGCCAUUGUCAAUGACCACCAGCGGCGGUGGCGGCCAUCUAAGUGGCGGUGGCGGCGGCAAUGUGGGUGCAGCCAGUGCGCUAAGCGGUCUCAGCCAGUCGCUAAGUAUUAAGCAGGAGCUAAUGGAUGCCCAGCAUCAGCAGCAGCAACAACAUCGUGAACAUCAUGUGGCUCUGGCAACCGAUUACUUGGCGAGCGCUGCUGCUUUGAAAAUGCAUCCGGAGGAUAUGUCAACGUUGCUCACGCAACAUGCUCUACAGGCCGCCGAUGCCAGAGAUGAGCAUAACGAUGCCAAGCAUUUGCCCGAUCAGACAGACAACAUUGACGGUCGCGUUAAAUGUUUUAACAAUGCGAAUAAGCAUGACGUCGACGGCGACGACGACGCUGACGCUGACGUUGCGGCCGUUGUCAAUGAUGACGAGGUUGAUGUUGAUCACGAUGAGGAUAACAUGCCCAUGGCCAUUCCCAUGUCCAUUGAAGCGGAAGAAUUAGACGGAGAUGAUGGUCAUAUGUCGUAUCGCCAUGUAACGCCAAAAUAUCGUCGAGCUGUUGUCUAUGCCACGCCAACAACGAAUAGUGAGUCAGCAGCAGCAGCAACAACAACGGCAGCAACAACAGGGGAUAUAUAUAUGGAUGGCAACUACAAUUGUGAAUACAAGUGCAAGGAGUUGAAUAUGCGGGCCAUACGCUGUAAUCGUCAGCAGCAUCAUCAUCACCAUAAUCAUCAUCAUCAUCCUUCUCAGCAGCAGCAUUAUCAUCAUCAUCAUCAGGGUUAUGGCCAUUAUCCGGCACAUCAGGCUCCUUUACAUUUGAUGAGGCACAGCAGCAACAAUUCUCCUGCUGGCGAUUGUCCAGCCGAGUCGGCAUAUUCACCCGCUUCCAAUAGUAGCUAUAGGGAACACCAUCAGCACCACCACCAGCAGGCGCACUUGCGCUAUGUCGCAUCGCCUCACAACAGCAACAGCAACAACAACAACGAAAACAACUCACCGCAUCAACUGGAUCUGGGUACUGGACACAGCUAUCAUGCACCACCCACUCAUACACAGACCAGCAACAACAAUUCACCGCAUUAUCAGCCAUCAGCUGGAACGGCACCACCUCAACUCCUCAACUCACCGCAGCCCCAAGCUUCCCAAGGCAGCAGCAGCAGCAGCAACGGCGGCAGCAACGGCGGCAGCAACGGCGGCAGCAACUCGGCAGCAUCUUCCUCGGCUGCGGCGGCGGCAGCUGCAGCUGCUGCUGCUGCUGCGGCAGCUACCCGCCGAGAUCACAACAUUGACUAUUCGACGCUCUUUGUCCAAUUGUCUGGGACACUGCCCACUCUGUAUCGCUGUGUCAGCUGUAACAAGAUCGUCUCGAAUCGUUGGCAUCAUGCCAACAUUCACAGACCUCAGAGUCAUGAGUGUCCCGUGUGCGGUCAAAAGUUCACGCGACGUGACAACAUGAAGGCCCAUUGCAAGAUUAAGCAUGCGGAUAUCAAGGAUCAUUUCUUUAGCCAUUAUGUACAUAUGUGAUCACUUGUCUAGACAGACAAAGGGCAAGGAUUAUGAUUUAUUAUAGUCUAUCCCCCAUCUUAAUAAUAAACAUAAGAUAGUUUUUUUUCUUCCUUU